CUUGGUUUCGGGUUCGGUGACCUCCUCGCCAAGCCAACCUUCACUAAAUAUAAACACCAAGACCAACCCAGCUCAGCUCAUCAUCCUAAACCCCAAUUCCAAUUCCCAAUCUUCUUCUCCAUCAAAUCAAAACUAGUCCCAACAACCCUAACCAAAUAUGGAUUCCGAAGACGAACAAUACCUGAAGCAAAGACUAGACGAAUUGCAGAGAGACGUCUCCAAGAAGCAAAAAUUCGAGCCCGCCGUCGCCGCCCUCACCUCUCUCCUCCGCGACCGCUACUCCUCCGCCUCCCCGCCGCUCCGCAAGUCCUACCUCACCGUCGUCUCCCGCGUCGCCACCGUCUUGAAGACCCGCUACACCUCCCCCGGGUUCUGGGCCGCCGGGUUGGCCCUCUUCCGCCUGGCCCUAACCCUAGUUUCCGACCCGGCCGAGAAGAGCCUGUUGCUCGGUUACAUUUCCGACGCCGAGAAAGUCGUCCGGCAAGACGACGAGCCUAGCGCUCUCCCGCCCCCGAAUCAAGGGUUUCUUUUCGAGGGGCAUCUGACGGUGGAUCGGGAACCGCCGCGGCCACAGUGGCUGGUCCAGGAGAGUUUCCUCGCCUCCGCCGCCACUCUCUUCGCGGCUGAGUCUUCGGCUAAUUCGGGUCGGCCCGUGACCGAGACCGGCGGCGACUCCCAGGACACGGCGAAUCUGCUGCAGUCGCUGAUUGACAACCUGGACAGCGUUCUGCCGCCGGGGAUUCUUGACGACGUGAGAGGAGCGCCGAGGGUGCCUCCGGCGAGUAAGAAAGUGGUGGCAAAUCUUCCGGUGAUUACGAUCACGGAGGAGAAGCUGAAGAAGCUUGGAGAGGAAGCGGAGUGCUGCAUUUGUAAAGAGAAUUUGGUCGUGAAUGAUAAGAUGCAGGAGUUGCCUUGCAAGCACACAUUUCAUCCGCCGUGUUUAAAGCCUUGGCUGGAUGAGCACAAUUCGUGUCCGAUAUGCCGGCAUGAGUUGGAGACCGAUGAUCAUGCGUAUGAGAGCCGGAAGGAGAGAGAGAGGGAGGCUGAAGAAGACAGAAAAGGCGCUGCCAAUGCGGUUAGGGGAGGUGAAUACAUGUAUGUUUAAUUGUUUGGAAGAGGAUGGUUUACUUGAAUAAUUUGUCGAUUUGCAGCUUCAAUUAUAAGUUUAUAUUCAUUCCAUCACAUUCUACUACUGGCUGUGAAUCCAACUACUUGUGUUGUAU